AUGUGGGGCGAAGAGCUGCAGGUCAGGGGAACGACCUGCCUGACCACCUGUCCUGUGGGCGUGGGUGUCUUCUCCCUACAGGUGACUGUGUGCUGGGUGGACGAGGCUGGGGACAGUUCCACGCACUGCCUCUCCCCACAGGCUGAGCACGCCGGGGUCCGCACCUACUUCUUCAGUGCCGAGAGCCCCGAGGAACAGGAGGCCUGGAUCCAGGCCAUGGGGGACGCUGCCCGAGUACAGAUCCCCCCAGCCCAGAAGUCGGUGCCCCAAGCUGCACGUCACAAUUUCCCCCCACCUGAACUCCAUGCUGGGCUGGAGCCCCUUACAACAUCUCCCUUGGCAUCCCACAGCCACGAGAAGCCAGACUCUGAGAACAUCCCACCCAGCAAACACCACCACCAACCCCCGCAAAACAGCCUUCCCAAGCCUGAACCAGAGGCCAAGACUCGAGGAGAGGGUGAUGGCCGAGGCUGCGAGAAGGUGGAGAGGAGGCCUGAGAGGCCUGAAGUCAAGAGCGAGCCUCUGGUGAAAGCCAAUGGUGUCCACGCUGGACCAGAACCAGCCUCAGACCCGGGCAGCCCUUACCCUGAGGGCCCAAGGGUCCCAGGAGGUGGGGAGCGGCCCACCCAGCCCAAUGGCUGGCAGUAUAGCUCCCCAAGCCGGCCGGGGAGCACAGCUUUCCCACCUCAGGACUCAGAGAGUGGGGGGCACCGGCGGAGCUUCCCCCCGCGUGCCAACCCCGACAAAAUCGCCCAGCGCAAGAGCUCCAUGAACCAGCUUCAGCAGUGGGUGAACCUGCGCCGAGGGGUGCCCCCUCCUGAAGAUCUUCGGAGUCCCUCUAGGUUCUACCCUGUGUCCCGUAGGGUCCCGGAGUAUUUCAGCCCCUACUCCUCCCAGUACCCCGAUGAUUACCAGUACUACCCGCCAGGGGUACGGCCGGAUAGCAUCUGCUCCAUGCCGGCCUACGAUCGGAUCAGCCCACCCUGGGCCCUGGAGGACAAGCGGCACUCCUUCCGGAAUGGAGGCGGCCCCGCCUUCCAGCUGCGUGAGUGGAAGGAGCCUGCCGGCUAUGGGCGGCAGGAUGGCACCACCUGGAUCCCCAGCCCCUCCCGGCAGCCUGUCUAUUAUGAUGAACUGGAUGCCGCCUCCGGCUCCCUGCGCCGCCUGUCCUUGCAGCCCCGUUCCCACUCUGUGCCCCGCUCGCCAAGCCAGGGCUCCUACAGCCGCGCCCGCAUUUUCUCCCCCGUCCGCUCACCCAGUGCCCGUUUCGAGCGGCUGCCGCCUCGCAGUGAGGACAUCUAUGCUGACCCUGCUGCCUAUGUGAUGAGGCGAUCCAUCAGCUCCCCCAAGUAUGAUUACCUGGGAGACAGGCGGCCAGUCCCUGCAGGACUGUUCCCCUACAACUACCCACCAUCCCCCACGGUCCACGAUAAGAUGAUGAGUGAGAGUGAGACUCUCAUCAGUAUGGUGAACCGCAUGGUGGAGAACUCCUCCCCCAGGGCCCAACUCUUCAUGCAAGUCCCUCCAUACCCCGAAGUGUUCCGGGACAGCCUCCACACCUACAAGCUCAACGAGCAAGACACAGAUAAGCUGCUGGGCAAGUUGUGUGAGCAGAACAAGGCGGUGAGGGAGCAGGAACGGCUGGUGCAGCAGCUCCGAGCUGAGAAGGAGAGCCUGGAAAGUGCCUUGAUGGGGACCCAUCAGGAACUGGAGAUGUUUGGAAGCCAGCCUGCCUACCCAGAGAAGCUGCUACACAAGAAGGAGUCGCUGCAGAACCAGCUCAUCCACAUCCGGGUGGAGCUGUCUCAGGCAACCACGGCCCUGGCGAACAGCACCAUGGAGUACGAGGGCCUGGAGGCAGAGGUCUCUGCCCUGCACGACGAGCUCUGGGAGCAGCUCAGCUUGGACUUUCAGAAUGAGGUGCUCAACCGACAAAUCCAGAAGGAGAUCUGGAGGAUCCAGGAUGUGAUGGAGGGGCUGAGGAAGCAUAACCCAUCCCGGGGCACAGACACAGCCAAGCACAGAGGAGGACUUGGCCCCUCAGGCACCUACAGCUCCAACAGCCCCGCCAGCCCUCUCAGCUCCACCAGCCUCACCAGCCCCCUGAGCCCUUUUUCGUUGGUGUCUGGCUCUCAGGGGUCCCCCACUAAGCCCGGGUCCAAUGAGGAGCCUGGCCCCCCGAGGCCUCCCCUCCCCAAAGCCUACGUCCCCCUGGAGUCUCCUCCCACCGUGCCUCCACUCCCUAGUGAGAGCCGCCUCUGGCCAUACCCCACCUCCCCUUCCUGGCACCGCAGUGGCGAGACAGCCAGGGGUCAGCCCAAGGCAAGCUACGAGCAAAGCAAGAAAGACCCCCACCAGACGUCACCCCUGGACACCACUAGAGACAUCAGCCUUGUGCCCUCCAGGCAAGAGGUGGAAGCAGAGAAGCAGGCAGCUCUCAACAAAGUUGGCAUUGUGCCGCCUCGGACAAAGUCACCCACUGAUGAAGAAGUGACCCCAUCAAGGGUGGUGAGGAGGAGUGCCAGCGGGCUCACCAAUGGACUCUCCUCCCGAAAACCCAGGGCUAGAGGAGGAAGGUAG